GCCCCCGACAGGCCUCUGGGAGUAAGAAGGUCUCUGUGUAGGAAGCAUGGUUAUUCCUGCGCUGACUUCUCUCUGCCCGCCCACCGCAGGUUGGGGCCCUUGGACCCUCGAGGACUGUCCUCGGGGCCCAGAAAGUCGCUGCUGCCUCUGAACGAACUGCCGGCACCUCCUCUGCCCGGGGCAUGGGCAACCGCGAUGCUGCCCCCCCAGCUUCCCUCCAGCCAAAGCCCAGCGUCCUGCUGGAGAAGCCCUCGCAGCUCUCGAGUGGACAUGGGGACCCUGGCAGCCUCAUGCUGGACGCUCCCCUGAAGGGCUGGCAGGCCAGGAAUGGCCACCCCGGGAACCUCGGGGCCCUGUCCCAGGGGCCCCACCCUCUGGUGCCCCUCCCUUCUGAGUCAGAGGCCAGCAGUGUGGCGGACACCACCCAGAUCAAGGACAAGCUCAAGAAAAGGAGGCUCUCCGAGGGCUUGGCAGCAUCUUCCCAAGCCUCUCUGGAUCCUGGGGGAGGCCCCAAAGGAGUGGCCCCGAGGAGUGGCAUCCCCUGGGCCACCUCUCAGAGGCUGCUGAGGCUGCCCCGGCCCAUGCCUCCCAUCCAGAGCACUCCCACCACCCCCGAGGCCAGCGGAGCCAAGGACAGGGGUGUGGACCAGCCGGAGAGCAGCCAGGGGCCCCAGGAGAGGAGCCCCGGUGUCCAGGAGGUGCACAUCUCCCGGCAAUACCUGCACUGCAGUGACCAGAAGAUGCACAAGUCCCUGGGGGGCAUGGUGAUCCCGCCCAUCCCGAAGGUGGGGGUGCCCGCUGGGACCGCCUCCUGCACACCUGGCUCCCUUCCCAGCCUCUCGCCUCCAGGCCAGGAUGUCCUCGCGGGCCCGAGGGCCCCCCACGCACGAUUGGUUCGGGAGAGUGGGCCUCGGGAGAAGACCCCUAAAUCUCUGGAGCCAACACCUUCGGCCCCACAUGUCACAGGCAGGUCUGCCGCCCCCGAGGAGCCUGCUCCGUCUUCAUGUCGGUCUGCUCCUGCACUGACAGCCUCCUCCUCCAGCCAUGCCGAAGGCGCCCAGCCCUUGCUGAAAGAAGGGGACCCGAGGGAGAGCAGCACCAAGAUCCAGUUCACCAUCUCCAAGUCCGCCCAGGAGACGAUGCGGCUGAAGCAGAAGAAGGAGGUGGAGCUGGUCCAGAGGGCGGAGGAGCCGGGCAGGGCGAGGGAGCUCACGGCCCAGAGCCUGGGUGCCCGGAGAACCUCGGUGAAGGAAGGCCUCCUUCCCCUCCGGGGCAGAGGGACCCUGUCUGUGCCCACUGGGAUAAGCAGCCCACGCAGACACAACACCGGCGUCGUCCUGAGGAAGCGAGCCAACCGGGCCUCACUGCCCAGCAUCCCCGUCAGCAAGCAGGAGCCCCGCUUCGCCCGCCAUGCUUCAGCUAACUCUUUACCGGCGGUGCUAACUUUCGGGUCCCCUGAGUGGGAAGAAGAGGAGGAGGAGAUGGAUCUUCGAGCCUUUAAGGAGUUGAGGCCUUUCUCGAACCCGGAGCUGGGGUUGAUGGAUGCCCUCCAGUGCCUCGACAGCAGUGACUGGCACAUGAAGGAGAAGGGCCUGGUGAGCGUCCAGCGCCUGGCAGCCUGUCACCCGGAGGUCCUCGCUGGGAGGCUGCACGACCUGUCCUUGGCCGUGACUGGAGAGGUCACCAACCUCCGCUCCAAGGUGUCCCGCUUGGCCAUCCGCGUCCUGGGAGACCUCUUCCAGGCCUUGAAGAAGAAUAUGGACCAGGAGGCGGAAGAGAUUGCCCGCUGCCUGCUGCAGAAGAUGGGCAACACCAGCGAGUUCAUCCAGAGAGCGGCCAACCGGUCCCUGGGGGCCAUGGUGGAGCAUGUGACCCCUGCCCGAUCCCUGGCGGCCCUCACCUCAACGGGCAUCUACAAAACAGCUUUCAACCACAAGCCAGCCGGGACGCUUCUGCAGGGAGGCCCUCAGGCAGACCCGGGCGGUGAGCAGGCAGCCGGGCUCUGGGCGCAGCCCGUGCAAAGGAAACCCCUUCGGUCCGGAGAUGCACUGCCGGAGCACCUCGCGGGCCGUCCUGGAGCAAAAGGCGCUGAGAAGUUCUCUCGGGACCCAGGGAAAAGCACGGGACAGGCUGCUAGGCAAACCUGGUCCGGGUUGGCCCAGACUUCAACCAGGACACCCAGGUUUUAUGGCCGGAAGAUGGUGAGUAUCUUGAUGUCGAACGCCAAGUUUGAUGCAUUUCUGAAGCAGUGCCUGCCAUCCCACGACUUGCGGAAGGUCAUGGCGGCCAUUAAACAGCGGGGACUAGAAGAGAGUGAUGAACUGCCGUCUGCCAAAGGCCACAAGGUGUCGAGGAGUCUGGCCGUGUGUGAGAACGGGCUGCCCGGUGAGGACGGGCUCAGCUCCAAUGGCCCGAGGCUGGCGGGGCUGCGCUCUUCCCGGCGGGGUGGCUCGGAGAUGGCGGAGCAGCUGCGGGAGCUGACACAGCUGCUGGAGGCCAAGGACCACCAGUCUCGGAUGGAAGGUGUGGGGCGGCUCCUUGAGCACUGCAAGGCCAAGCCGGAGCUCAUCACCGCCAACCUGGUCCAGGUCUUCGAUGCUUUCACCCCAAGGCUUCAGGAUUCCAACAAGAAAGUGAACCAGUGGGCGCUGGAGUCCCUCACCGAGAUGAUUCCCCUCCUCGGAGAGAGCUUGCACCCCAUGCUGCUCUCCAUCAUCGUCGCCGUUGCAGACAACCUCAACUCCAAGAACUCGGGGAUUUAUGCUGCCGCUCUGUCUGCACUGGACGCGAUGAUCGAGAGUCUGGACGACCUCUGCCUCCUGCAGACGUUUGCUGGGCGGGUGCGCUUCCUCAGUGGCCGCGCAGUGCUUGACAUCACGGACCGCCUGACAGUGCUGGUGGCCUCGGUGUGCCCCCGAAAGCCCCAGGCUGUGGAGCGCCACGUCCUUCCAGUCCUCUGGUACUUCCUGACCAACAUGAUCGGGAACGGGGUGCUGCCGGGGCGCGGUGGGAACGUCCGCGCGGUGGCGUGUCGGCUGUGCCGGUGCCUCCAGCAGCACCUGGGCUCCCGGCUGCAGGACCUGGCCGCCGGCCAGCCACAGCAUGUCCUCCAGACCCUCCAGGAGCUCUUGGCCACGGAGUCCCGGUGAGGCAGCCCCGGCCACCGAUGGAGGGAUGGCACCCACAGCCACCGGCCCUGCCAGCUGGGUUAGAGACAGAUCUGA